UUCCUCAUAGGUGCGGAUGCAAAGAUGGCGGAAGAGGAGAGCCAGUUUGAAGAAUUUGAGCAAAUAGACUUUUUAGGAGAUAGACAUGUCCGGUUCUUCCAGAGAACACUCCAGGUGUUACCUGAGAGAUACGCCUCGCUGGAAACAACCAGGUUAACCAUCAUAUUCUUCGCCCUGUCGGGUCUCGAUGUGCUGGACGCUCUGGAUGUGAUCGACAGGAACACCAUGAUCGAGUGGAUCUACUCUCUACAGGUUCUUCCCACAGAGGACCAAGCUAACCUUAGUCGUUGUGGUUUUCGCGGAUCGUCACAUAUUGGAAUUCCUUAUAGCACUAAGGGCCCAGGUGUGCUCCAUCCAUACGACAGUGGCCAUGUAGCCAUGACCUACACUGGGCUGUGUUCGCUGCUAAUACUCGGAGACGACCUGAGCCGUGUUAACAAACAGGCCUGUCUGGCUGGUCUCAGAGCUCUGCAGCUGGAGGACGGCAGUUUCUACGCAGUGCCAGAAGGAAGUGAAAAUGACAUACGGUUUAUCUACUGCGCAGCCAGUAUCUGUUACAUCCUGGAUGACUGGUCAGGCAUGGACAUCCAGAAGGCCAUUGAGUACAUCAGAGGAAGUUUGUCAUACGACAGUGGGUUUGGCCAGGGAGCUGGGCGAGAGUCGCAUGGUGGCUGGACGUAUUGCGCCAUAGCCUCCCUGUGUCUCAUGGGUCGACUGGAGGAGGCGCUGAGUCAGCGGGAGCUGGACAGGAUCCGGCGCUGGUGUAUCAUGAGGCAGCAGAGCGGCUUCCACGGUCGCCCCAACAAACCUGUAGACACAUGCUACUCCUUUUGGGUGGGAGCCACGCUAGAGCUCUUAGAUGUGUUCCAGUAUACAAACUUUGACAAGAACAGGCGCUUCAUUCUGUCCACGCAAGAUCGGUUGGUGGGAGGAUUUGCCAAGUGGCCCGACAGCCAUCCAGACCCCCUCCAUGCCUACUUAGGGCUGUGUGGUUUGUCUCUGAUCGAGGAGCCCGGUUUGAGGAAGGUCCACCCAGCUCUUAACAUCACCCAGAGGGCCUUUCAGCACGUCCAGCAGCUGCAGCAGACAUGGAGGGGCAGCACUGGCAGCUGUAGCAGACAGCACUGACAGCAGGAAGGUCCACAGCUCUGCUUCUGAACAGGUUGAGUAAUCGGGAGUCGGUCAAAGGCAACUGGACUUUUGCUGUGCGUCUUGAAGCCGUUCGGCCACCCAUCUAAGAGGCCUCCUAAUUACAGACAUUGGGAAGGUUUCUCAGUCCCCAGUUACACGGUAACUUUUGGGGAGCUCAUUUUAAGUCCAUCUACAGUGACUUUUGUGUUAAGCAAUACACGCCACACUUUUCUUUUGCUGCCUUUUUUAUUAUUAGACUGUAGUUGAUAACAUUGUGCAUUGUGUUUUGUGGCUGAUGAAAAUAUGUGCCAGAAAAGUCAAAUUUGAGUCACUGGAGAUGCCUCAGGUGCCUCAAUUUUGCAUACUUAUUAGAUGCAGUUUCAGAGGCUUCCUGCUCCUCAUCGUAGUAAACGAAACAAUCUGCUGUCAAUCUUCCAAGCCAAGGAGGAGCUGACUGCUUCACACGGACACAAGAAAGCGUCCACAAAUUAAACAUUGUUCACUGAGAGCCCGAGGAAGGCUGAAGGGGCGUCCAGAUUGUGUCUUUAAAUGGUUCUGCAGUAACUGGUGGCUUCAGUAGCUAGACGUUUUGAGUGGGCUGGUGCAAUUUUUACGUGAAUCAAGUCUAUGUACAUUUGCCAUCUCUAAAUAGUGUCUGUGUGUAUUGCGAAGAUAUGGUGUUUGAGUUCUUAAUUUUUGUUUACAAACCACUAUGAGCCCAAUGGUAAUUUUGGGGGUGAAAUUUGAGUCUUUCUUUUCGAUUCAACAUCCCUACAUCUUCAGACGGAAAAAAACACCCCAAAGCCCGACUCGCCCAAUGCUGUAUGUAUUUGCCUCUCUGCCCCUCGACAUCUCCAUCCUCACGUUGCUCUUGAACCUCUGGGAAGCCUCGAGCUCUCUAGUCCCGAAGGUGAUAGCAGCCUGGCAGGGAAACACUUCAGGUCCCUGCAGUUUCACCACUACAGGCUCUGUUUAGUGAUCCCAAGAGAUGUACAUGAUAAUGGAUCUGCUUCAUAGAAAAGGCAGCCAACAACCAGCCCAACAGGCAAAUGAUGAAAGAGAAACAGAAUUAGAUUGGGCAUAAAGAAAGGGCGUAAUCCCGUCUUUCCCACAAGGUAGGAGCUUUCAAUUUUAGCAUCCCCUGACUCCUGAACCCUGAAUCUGAGCUGCCCUCCUUCACCAGCUUCCAUACUCCCUGUAAGGCGCUAGCCAGCCUGAAAUCAAUGGGAGAAAGAUGAGACGGUGGCAUCGUAACUUGGGGGAAAUCUAUUCUUUUGAACAGCGCUCGGAAUCGACAUCUUAUUUUCAGAAGCAGAAAGGACGCGGGGCAAAAAAACAAAGAACGAUGCACAUGAGCAGAAUGUGCCUCAGAGAGCCGGGUUACAGAAACAACCGUUCUCCAUUCCUUUUGAGUCCUAAAACGCCACCUGCAUCUCGCAAUGGACCGUCCAGCCUUCUUGCUCUUGAGCUCUGCUACAUAUUGGAGAUUUAUUGUUUGUUUUUUUAAAUCCCUCAGAUCAGAUUCCCAGUAGGGGACAUUCCCAGUUCCACAGGUUCCUCCAGCCACCCUGCUGAAGCCACGCCCAUCCAUUAUAGGACGCAGCCAGCACCUGCUACCUGAGAUGACGUCGGAGGGGAGGGGGCGGUGUCGUCCGGCUCGUCUGCAACGCGUUACCUGCUGAGGUCGGCUGCGUUUCGCACCAGUUCUGACUGGAUGUGAAAAUAUAUCGCCUCUUUUGGUUUUCCUUCUGGUAUCUAAAAGGAAGUUGUACUUGGCCUCGUCUCCUUUCCUGCCAAGUUGCCUUUUUUUUAAAAUUUAUUCAGACUUAGAAACCGAGCAGACAGACGGAGGAAAGGAGAUAGCAGGAGAGGUGAAUGAAUAAAUAAUUUGACCCAUCUAUUAUUAAAAGUGAACUGUCGGAGUCUGCCCCCCCCCCCCCCCCCCCGGUGUUGUAAAGCCUUAUUUUGGUGCAAAGUCUUUUGCUUUAUAGCCAACUGCAUAUUUUAUUGCUGUAUUGUUUGAUGUUACUGUUUUUGCCUAAGUCAAUGAGCUUUGCCGCAGUCACACUCGCCGACUUUUCUCCUGCCAUUUUUUGUUUUACAAACAUUUUGGUAGUUACCAUAACAUAUAUAUAUAUAUUUAAUAAAUUCUUUUUGGAGAAAAGGCAAGCUAUGACUUCCAUUGCACCUGCUAAAUUGAGCCUCGGAUACACACAUAAUGUUAUAAUACAAGCUCAAUAAAUAUAGCGUCUGAAUUGUUCACCAUAUAAUGUUCUGGCAUCCAUCUUUUUUGUGUAACUUUAGCUAUGAUGUGUCAUGAAUCCGUUUGGUCCUUCUCGCGUACAGCUUGCUUAGCUCGGCUGUUAUUAUAGAAGACAAGUCUCUACUGGAGGGGGCGGAGGAACGCUGCGUCUCCAAUCCUAGUCACGACUAAUGUUCCUCCUCCCAUCU